CUUAUUUAUCGGAUCGUAUUAAUUUAAUACGUCGAAACGUUACACCUCUCAUGUCCAACAGAGAGAACAACUCGAAACGUUCAUCACUAUUCACUGCCAUCGACAAUGCGGCAUUUGCAUCAGAAUACGAUUCUUCUUUAACAUCUGACUGUAUUUCUGGUAUGCAGUCGUUUAUGAGACAAGACCAUUCGGACGUGUUACUAGAUUUAACACAAUCGAAUGUCAUCCCUUCAGUUUCCGCCAUUACCGAGUCAACUUAUCUUCGCUUUAACCCUCCAAAUGCUAUGCAUUGUAAUAGAAUGGACCCUUUUACCAUGCAAACCACUAAGUUAGAUCCCUACGAUCAUCCUCCCGUCACUAUGGCUUCUAUAGGGUCUUCGACAGAAAGUGAUGGUCUCGAGCCAGGAAGUGCAACACAUCUUUUAGAACACGAACGGUUAUCUACAAGAAAUUUGCAACAUAGAACUUAUCCUUCGGAUUUAAAACCAUCUAGAUGUCCCCUUAGAGUCCAACAGGUAUCGAUACAGAAUUCAUCAUCGGAUGUUGGCAUUUUGCGGUGGAAUUGGCCUGUUAUCCGUCUCGGAUGUUUGGUGACAUUAGUGUCUUCGUUAGUAGCUAUGGUAUGUGUUGUGGUUGGAAUUAUAAUAGUGGGUCCAUUCCAUUGCAAUCCUAACAGGGAGUGGUGGCAAGGUGCUGUGAUGUACGAAGUAUUCCCUGCUUCCUUCUUAGAUACGGACAAAGACGAUUUCGGUGAUUUUAGAGGUUUAAUCCAACGUCUCGAUUACAUUCAGUCAUUAAAUAUUAGUAUUUUAAGACUCAGUUCCAUCUUCAGUGCUUUGGAUUAUCCCUUGGAGUACGAACAUAUUAUUGAUUUCAUUAAUGUCGAUCCUCAUCUCGGAAGAAUGGAAGAUUUAAAUGCAUUAAUCGAUGAACUUCAUGCUCGUAAUAUGUAUCUAGUAUUGGACAUGAAUCCAACUUUGACCAGUGAUCAACAUACGUGGGCUGCACAUUGGCUUCUGGAACCUCACGGAGAAUAUCGAUAUUAUUACAUUAAUACCACGGAGAGCUUAGAAGAACUUCUCGAAUCGGAAGAUGAAGAGGAAGAUCAAGAAUGGACGGUGCCUCAUAGAACUUUCGGAGGUUGGUAUCAUUUAAACUGGUCGCAUACCGAAGUCAAACUGGAAAUGGCCAGAGUAUUGGAAUUCUGGGUCAAAAAAGGCAUAGAUGGAUUUUAUUUUAAGCAUCUGGAAGACCUACAUGUGGACCAACCUGAGGACAUCAUUGGUUCCAUUCGACAAUGGAGAGAAAUUUUGGAUAUGUGGGACGACAAACGAAGAAUAAUGAUGGCUUCCAUCGAUUCGUUUCAAAAUCUCGGAGGGAUCGAAACUUCAUUGGUACGGGCUAUCCUUCCAUAUUUCGAUCUUAUUGAUGUUUAUCUGGAAGUAGAUGGCAACAGAAGUCACCAGGUGAUGAAGCAGGUGGAGGAAACCACCCAAUGGAAUGCACCUUGGAUUCACUGGAAUGUUGGCAACGUCGAAUCCAGUCGUUUGUCUUCCACUCUAGAUUCCAAAUAUACCUUGGCCAGUCUUGUUCUUCUCAUGAUGCUUCCUGGUUCUGUUUCAAUUUUUUACGGAGACGAAAUCGGAUUACGAGAUUCUGUAGAAGAAACAACUGGAAAGAUGUAUAGAGAAGGCCAGCUCUGUCCCAUGCAAUGGACAAUUGCUUCUACAGUUGAUAACAUUACAGUUGAACGCAUACCGUUAUGGUUACCACCGGGACAUCAAAAUCCUUCAUCAAACGUAGAAAGCCAAAGUGAUAGAAUAAACUUAAUUAGCCAGUUAGUUGGUCUGAGGAACAAUUCUGUGCCAAUUGCCAUGAAUUCAGCGCCAGCAUCUUUUUACCCGAGAGGCGGCAGGACAAAUAUAAGAGUACACCUGGAUCAAGAUGGUGUUUUAGUACUCGAGAGGUAUUAUCCUCGGAGGCACCGUUACGUGGUGGCUGCAAAUUUCGGUCCCGAAAGGGUAUCUAAGGACAUAUCCAACACGCUUUACGAGACCGUAAUCAUAAUAGGGACGAAUUCCGAUAGGAAAGGUCUCAGAUUAAAUUUCAAAGAUUUCGUCAUAGAUCCGGGCGAAGCUUUUGUUGGUGAAUUAAGUACGUGACCCCAAAAAAAACACUGCUUUGAAAGAGAAAUUUCUUUAUCGAAUCUUUAACACGCUCGACCACUCUCGGUCUUGUGCCAAAUUUGAUAAAUCGGAUGACAUAAAUCGUACUGUUGAGUGGGUACUUUUAUUUUUUAUAUCAUGUAUAUUCCGCCUCGUGCUUCCGAAAAUAUACAGAAAAAAUACUAUUUAAAAAUCAAAGUUUAAUUUAAGUUUAGAAUUUGUUUUCUAUCUCGAUAAGUAGUUCAUAUCUUAUACAUAAUGUCUAGUUUCUCAGUAAAUUAUAAAUUACAAAAAUUAUUCAUAUAAAGAGUUUUACAUCCAAAAGAGAAAUAUAAAAAUUUAUGAAGACAUUUAAACUAAUUUUAAAAGUGAAUUUUGCACAUUUGAUUGCAAAAUAAAGCGGAGACAUCUCGUCCAAAAGGUAAUCAUCCCUUUUGUAUAAACUCAAAUCGUGGAAACUCCGUCCCCUCGAUGGCAGUUCUGUGAAUGUACGAUCGUCUAUUCGGAAGAUAUAUGCUGGAUAAAUUAUAAAAAAAAUACCUGUCAGAAGCAAAUAUGACCAAAUUAUAUAAUGUUGGCAAUCCGAAUAUUGUAUAAAAAGCAAUGUCUUUCUAUCGAGUUGUAUGCGAUUACUGGUUGAAAUAUGAUUUUGAUAUACGUAGGCAUGUCUACAAUGGAGGUAAUAAUAAGAAAGCAAUUAAAGUAAAAUAUUUUUUAAUCUUUAUGCUUAUUAAAAUAGAAGUUAAAACAGGAAAACUCUAUAUCAAUUGCAUAUGUCAUACAAGCAGGCCGGAUUUACUUAUACUGUUGCCUCUGUAGAGACACUGAGGAGAUCCCAUCAAAUAUUAUUGUCGACCAAAACAAAACCGUUUAAAGUGAGGUCUGUAAGACAUGGCUUAUCUAGCAUAUACGCAAAUCCGAUACCGCAUACAAGUAUUUUUGUUCUCUUCCCAUCUUCAAGCGCUGUGCUGAUAACCACGAUUCCAGUUAAUCAGCGAAAGUUUUCAUUUGUUCUUGAAAGCCUGAACUUUUAAUAUCGGACCAAAUGCACGAUUUAGGUCAUAUACCCUUAUCUGAUAAGUACUUUUCACUGGUUCAUCCAGUAUAUAUAAUUCGGAAGAUCAUUAAUCAACCAAAGAAUUUUCCCGUCAAUUCUGCCAAUUACCGAAAGAUGAGUCUAUCAAUUUACUGAUUAUAAUAAUAAUAAUAAUAAAACCGAUCACAAAACUAAGAUAAAUUUUGUUAGAUCGGACAUAAAAGACAAAGUGGAUCUUUACUGUGAAGUUUUUAACUGUUGUCUUGAUUAAAAAGAAAAAAAGAAAAAUAAAAA